CUCUCUGUAUAAUAAGAUCUGCUAUUCGUUAUGUUACUGUUAUCUACGGAGUAAAACAAAAAUUAGCGAGGAUUUUGUGAAAUUCAGGCAAAAAAUACAGACAGCUGACGGAACGACCUGGAUGAUUCAAAUUGUCUCCUUGAUUCUAGCCAAAGGGGAUGUUGACAAGGCUAAUGAAAAACCAAUACAUGAGAGAGUACCAUUCUUAGAACUCUACGGUGAAUAUAAGCAACUUAAAGAUAUGCCGAUUGAAGCCCAACGAUGCAUGAAAUCCCAUCUGCAAUUGCGCAUGCUCCCAAAGCAGACGACAGAAAAGAAGGUCAAGGUCAUAUAUGUGGCAAGGAACCCUAAAGAUACCGCAGUGUCAUUUUAUCAUUUAUAUCGAAUGGAUAAAACUUAUAAUUUCCAAGGCACUUGGAAUGAGUUUUUCGAAAUGUAUAUCGACGGUUACCUACUAUGGGGAAAUUGGUUUGAUCACAUAAAACAGUAUUGGAAUGCUAAACAGGAUGGUACUUUCUCUGAAAUGUUUUUAACAACUUAUGAAGACAUGCACAAAAAUCCAUUCAAAUCUGUUAAAGAUGUUGCCACUUUUCUUAAUGUGGAACUCGAUGAAAACACUGUUGCAAAAAUUGCAACUGAAUCAAGCUUCGACAAAAUGAAAGCUAACCCAAAUACAAAUUUCCGAUUUGAAGAAUGGUUCGACUUGAGCAAAAGUGAGUUCAUGAGAAAGGGGAAAGUUGGCGACUGGAAAAACUAUUUCACCGUCAAUCAGAGUGAGCAGUUUGAUAAACGUUUUGCUGAAAAAAUGGAGGGCUGUUCUUGGAAAUUUGAUUAUGAAUAGGAGUAUGAAAAUUAUAACCAGUGAUGACAUACACAAUGCUGCCUUUAUAAAAAAUAACGACAUUGAAAGUCCAAAUCCAACAAUCGCUAACCAGUGCACAAUCAUAAUUCCGAUCAUUCAUCCUUGAAUGGUUACCGACCUGCCGACCGUCAGCAUUAAACACCAAUGCUAAAUAUGUAAUGACAAAUACCUUGGUUGUGUAGCACGGAUGGGCGACUAACAAAAGAUAGCAUUGUUUAGCAUUGUUUUUCAGAGAAGAGAAAGGUUCACAGAAUGUCAUUGAUGUUUAAAGUUCAGGCAAAUCUAGUGCCUUGAUAUGUCUCAGAAAUGUUAACUAAAUUUCGCAGACCUACCAUUAGAGAAGGUCUAAGAUAGUAAGAUACACCUCAAUGUAUCAACUUCCGGUCAAAAGAUCAAAUACUUUGAAUAAAUCGUGUAUAAUUUCAAUUUUAAAUGAAUGGAAUGCUCUCCAACCGGAAAUAAAGCAAAAAGAAAAUGUUAAAUUAUUUAAUAAAAAAGGUUUCCUCGAAGAAAUUGCUCCACCUAAAGUAAUCUUAGCACCUGACCUCCACAUAACAAGGCAUCAAGAAAUAAUUUUGUAUAGAGUCAGAUAAGACCUUAUUUUCCAAGCACAUCUUCAUGCCCACAAUUUUACAAAUGUACAAACUCCUACAUGUUAUUGCAACCAAGAUAAUGAAACCACACACCAUGCUAUUUUCAAUUGUCCCCUCAGGAAACCAUUUUUAGUAGACUUUGAAGCACAACUCUGCCAACUAAAGUUUGGUUACUUUAAUACAUUUAAAACUAAAAUGGAAAAAUUACAAUUAUUCUAAUAUGGUACUCCAUCACUUACCAGAUGUUUGAAU